GCCCUCGCCGCCCCUCGUCGCUCUGCCGCCGAAUUAUUUUCCCGAAUGGUGUAGCCUUCCGAGGUGCGGGGCUCAAUUCUUGGAAGGGGCCCGGAUGUACCGAGGAUGCACGACAGUCUCAGUGAGGGAGGCGGCAGCGGGAGGCAGCAGUUCGCGGUGUUCGAUGCGAUAAUGGGAAUCAGGUAACCACCAACGGGAAGGAGAAACGCCGCGGAUCACGGCGUGCUCGAAUUUUGCACGAAAGCCGCCGACCUCGGAGGAGGGAUUAAGCCAGACCCGCCUGGGGGGUGUUUUGACAUUUCUUCCCCUCUGUGGCUUCUUCUGUUUUUGAGACAAUUCUUGGUCAAUGGUCAACGAAAAUACGAGGAUGUACAUUCCGGAGGAAAACCACCAAGGUUCCAACUAUGGGAGCCCGCGGCCAGCUCAUGCCAACAUGAAUGCCAACGCGGCCGCGGGGCUUGCCCCCGAGCACAUCCCCACUCCGGGGGCAGCCCUGUCCUGGCAGGCAGCCAUUGAUGCGGCACGGCAGGCCAAGCUGAUGGGCAGUGCUGGCAAUGCGACCAUCUCCACAGUCAGCUCCACGCAGCGGAAGCGGCAGCAGUAUGGGAAACCCAAGAAGCAGGGCAGCGCAACUGCCACACGCCCGCCCCGUGCUCUGCUCUGCUUGACCCUGAAGAACCCCAUCCGGAGGGCGUGCAUAAGCAUUGUCGAAUGGAAACCAUUUGAAAUAAUUAUUUUACUGACUAUUUUUGCCAAUUGUGUGGCCUUAGCGAUCUAUAUUCCCUUUCCAGAAGAUGAUUCCAACGCCACCAAUUCCAACCUGGAACGAGUGGAAUAUCUCUUUCUCAUCAUUUUUACUGUGGAAGCAUUUUUAAAAGUAAUAGCCUAUGGACUUCUCUUUCACCCCAACGCUUACCUCCGCAAUGGUUGGAAUUUACUAGAUUUUAUAAUAGUGGUGGUGGGGCUCUUUAGUGCAAUUUUAGAACAAGCAACCAAAGCAGACGGGGCAAAUGCUCUAGGAGGAAAAGGGGCUGGAUUUGAUGUGAAGGCGCUGAGGGCUUUCCGCGUGCUGCGUCCCUUGCGGCUAGUGUCCGGAGUCCCAAGUCUCCAGGUGGUCCUGAAUUCCAUCAUCAAGGCCAUGGUUCCCCUGCUACACAUCGCCCUGCUAGUGCUGUUCGUCAUCAUCAUCUAUGCUAUUAUCGGCCUGGAGCUCUUCAUGGGGAAGAUGCAUAAGACAUGCUACAACCAGGAAGGCGUGGCAGAUGUUCCAGCUGAAGAUGAUCCUUCACCUUGUGCUCUGGAGACAGGCCACGGGCGGCAGUGUCAGAACGGCACUGUGUGCAAGCCCGGGUGGGAUGGACCCAAGCACGGCAUCACCAACUUUGACAAUUUUGCCUUUGCUAUGCUGACGGUGUUCCAGUGCAUCACGAUGGAGGGCUGGACGGACGUGCUGUACUGGAUGCAGGACGCUAUGGGCUAUGAGUUACCCUGGGUGUAUUUUGUCAGUCUGGUCAUCUUUGGAUCCUUUUUCGUUCUAAAUCUGGUUCUCGGUGUGUUGAGCGGAGAGUUUUCCAAAGAGAGGGAGAAGGCCAAGGCUCGGGGAGACUUCCAGAAGCUGCGAGAGAAGCAGCAGCUGGAGGAGGACCUCAAAGGCUACCUGGACUGGAUCACUCAGGCAGAAGACAUCGACCCUGAGAAUGAGGAUGAAGGCAUGGAUGAGGAGAAGCCCCGAAACAUGAGCAUGCCCACAAGUGAGACCGAGUCUGUCAACACUGAACACGUGGCUGGAGGUGACAUCGAGGGAGAAAACUGUGGGGCCAGGCUGGCGUGA